UUAUGAUCCUUAUUGUAAAUACAAUUUUUUGCAGUUUUAUUCAAGGGAUAUACAUCAGAAGAAACCAAAAGCCAGCUGGAAUAGUUCCUGAGUGAGAUUUUAUUUCUGUUUGCAGUUGUUUUAAAGAGAGAUAUCCUCUGGCUCAGGAUUAAAAAUGCUCUGGUUUCAAGGAAAUAGCCUGCAGAUUGCCAAAUCCUCCUUUGGACUCUUGCGAAAUCUCACUGCCUCUAACACCCCUCUGCCUGUGCUGACCUUAUUCACAAAGGAUCCAUGCCCACUCUGUGAUGAAGCCAAAGAAGUCCUCAAGCCUUAUAAAGACAGGUUUAUUUUACAGGAGGUGGACAUCACACUUCCAGAAAAUUCUACUUGGUAUGAAAGGUAUAAAUUUGACAUCCCUGUAUUCCAUUUGAAUGGCCAGUUUCUGAUGAUGCAUCGAGUAAAUAUCUCAAAGCUUGAAAAACAGCUUCUGAAACUUGAGCAGCAGGUGCUGAAGACAAACUGAUGCCUCGUGAUUUCCACCUUCUCUGUCAGAAGGCAUCUGCCUGAGGGUAUGGGUAGUGUCUUGAAUUUCCUCAUCACUGUCACAGUACCCUUAUAAAUACGUUGCCAUUACUCUUCUGAUUGAUUAAGUACCCAUAUGAGAACAGUUUACUUAUGGGCAUUUUGUAAACUAGGAGCACAUUGUGUGGAGGGGGAAGCUGUAGAGUGAGAGAGGUCUAUUUGCUGACUUUAUUUUUCCCUCGCCCAUGAGUGUAAAGCCCUUGUCAUGCACUGAACAGUGUCCUGAUGGGAAGAAGGCACUGCAGUCUGCCACUGAGCAGUCCUGGAGCCUAACUUGUAGUGGAGUAAAUGCUCUCCCUCUUAGUAAAGUGAAAUGUGAAUUGUUAAUAUCUGUGCACAGUCAAUAAAGGGCUUUUUUAGCGAAUA